AUGAAGUUCACUCACUUCACUCUUGCUGCCGCUCUGCUGGCCACCGUCUCUGCUCAGGGUCUCGACUCUCUGCCUAGCUGCUCCAAAUCUUGCGCCAACAAUGCCAUCCCCGCCAGCUGCGGUCUCGACAUCAAGUGCAUCUGCGCUGACAAGUCCUUCCUGAGCAACAUUGCCUGCUGUGUCGCCAACAAGUGCUCCCAGGCUGACCAGGAGACCACCCUCAAGAUUGCCCGCGGUAUCUGUGCCAGUGGUGGUGUCACCGACCUCCCCACUGCCAUCUCUUGCUCAGCCACCUCCUCCGGCACCAUGACUGCCACCUCCACCGGUACCAUGACCGGUACCUCCUCCAUGACUAUGACUGGCAGCGCCAUGUCUUCCGCUGCUUCCAGCAUGAGCUCCGCCGCCUCUUCUGCCUCGUCUGUCGCGGCUUCCCUGUCCUCGGCUGCCUCUUCCGCCGCCUCCUCUGCUUCUUCUGUUGCGGCUCUCCCCACCAAUGCUGCUGUCCUUGGUCAGACCCGUGACACCUCUUUGAUUGCUGCUGCCGGUGCUGCUGCCGCCUUCGCCAUGUUGGUUUAA